AUGCUAAGCUUGCUUGAGAUUAGGAUACAUCUGUAUAGCAAUGCAAGACCGGUUCAGUUUUCGUUUGCUAAUGGCGUAAAAUGUGGGGAAGGAUGUAAUCAAAAGUUCAUCAUGCUUUAACCUUAUGGACAUUGUAAGAUUUGGAUGUCAAUAUGCAAUACACGAGAAAAGAGGAAACAUGAAUGGCUGAAAACGUCCUCCCCAUUUAUUAUGAUUGAUUAGCUUCUUAUAGAUGGUAAAGAUAUAAAAAAUAGUUGCCACAGUCACGUUAGGGAGGGCUGAGAAUAUGCUACAAUUAGCCCCUUAAAUCAAGGGAGGAAAUCAGCCUUCCAAAAUAUGAAAUAGAAACUUUGACAAUUAGAGCAAUGGCAGAUGGCACAGGAUUUCAUAAGAUCCUAUAAAGAAUCCCACUAAAUUACUUGACCCUGUAAACAUUAGUAGAUACAUGAUUGAUGUGAAUUGGCUCUCAUUUCUGCAUCUUGUUAAGCUCUAAUCGUAGCAAAGGGAAAGGUAUCUAUCUUACUGCUUUGAUAUCUUCUGCAGGAACAAGGUUAAAUUGUGUCUGCUUACAUCAGCUGUUCAGUUCCCCUUUGCUUUGGAAAAUACUGUAUAUCUACAAUGUGGCACCAUUAUCAUUGUUCUGGGAAAAAUAAAUAAGCUGGGCAUAUUCAAAAUGUCAAUUCUUUAAUCUUCUCAAUGAUUUUUUGGUGUCUGUUAGAACUUUAUCAACUUUUUUGAUGAUAGCAACCUUCGUGUUCAUUGAGAUAGAUUCUUGAUUGAAUUCAGCCACCAUAUCCUCUGCUGUGAAGUUCUAGAGAGUAUGUUUAUUUAAUUGAUUAAUUAUUGCCCACAGGGUGGUGGAUACAUGUUUGGGAGUUAGCUUGACACCGUAUUAGAUGACCUAAUUGGUGAUAAAUGGGAAUAUCCUCAUACUUACCAUUUUUUUCUCUAUUUUUUGUACGUUUUUUUCCUCACAUCUUAUUUUCUAAAUCUCAUCAGUUACUGACAAAUAUGUUUAUAAUACUCAUAAUUUCAGGAUAUGCAAAGAGUCUUGAAUCAGUUCCAGAUCUUGAGAAGGCCAUGUACCUAAAUAUAGAUGGUUACCCCUGUGUACGGCUAUUGAACAUUUCUGGUGAAAUUGGUUGUUCAAGUAUGUCUUCACGAUGCUGUCCUUUUUAAAGGCAUUUUCAUUGGUGUUGUUAAUUAUUAGCAAUCCCGAAGAUUCAGUUACAUUAUAAUUCUCGUGAUGUAUUUCUUGUCAUCUUUUGGAAGGCAUUUAUCUUGUUUCUUUACCACAACAUCUUAAAGACUCUACCAAGUUAUUCUCCAUUGAGAUGCAUUUCAUGAGUCAACUGAUCCUUCUUUUGUCAUCAGAUCCGGGCCGUAUGAAGGUCAGUGCUCCAAUUGUUAAAUGGGAAAGUGCUGAUAAUCAAGUGUCUCAACCAUCUACCUUUUUGAUUGCUGAAAAUGAAAUGCAGAGCUUCUUUCUCAGGCAUGAUUCUUAUCAGUAUGGUUAACUCUCGUUGUGUACAUGUUUUGUUUCAGCCUUAUAUUUAGAAUAAUUUACUAUGAUGACUCAAGGAUGGGAAACAUUCUUUAUUCAUAGGGUGAGAUUCAAAAGGCUUGUUGCAUUUUUUCCCUGUUAAGUCCGUGCAUAUCGCCUUGGAUGAGCAUAGACAUGUGCAGGUUGCUUGUUGCUGGAGACUUAGAGCUGUGAAGUUCACGUCAAUGAGCUGUUUUACAUAACUUGCCAUUUUUUAUCAUUGGUGGAAAAUGCUGAGUAUGUAAUCACAAUAGACUGUGCUUUUAGGUUUAAUAUCUGUGAUAAAAUACUCUGAUGGAGUGAGAAAUUGUGUGUAUGUCAACUAAAUCGAAACCAUUUUGACAGCGAAUGCUCACUUGUGUUGGUCAUUAUCCAGGGUUUCUAGUGAUCAAAGUUUUGCUGUGAAAGUUGCUGCCGUUUUGGUUGAAUCUAAGGAUAUCUUUAAUUCAUCAGGUUGGUAGCAAUAACUACUAUCAUUCUGCGUUAUGACAGCAGCUGAUCAAUAACAAUAUGCAAAUGCUAUUGUCUGAGUUUCUUUUCCCUGAAUUUAUAGCAUUCUCGCCAGUUGGAAUGUUUCCACAAUCAGAAUUUGCCCCAUACAAGAGUCCCAAUUAUAAGUGGAACCCUACGGUAAGUUUCUUGACCCGUGGUUUGUGGGACAACAUCUUGUUUGAAAUCAAAAUAAUGAGAGCAUUCCAUGAUUCGUGGAGAAAUAAUGGCAGAAUUUUUUGUUGUCAUCAGGGAUCUGGCAUAAUGUGGAACCGCUAUAACUUUCCUGUAUUUUUACUAUCCAAGAAUAGUACAUUGACCGUACAGGAGGUAAUCUAUUUAGAAUUUUGAAGAGUAUCAAUUUUGCAGUACGUUGUUUGAUUAUUGUGCAAAUGGGUAUUUCUUACAACGAAAGUUGUGCAGGCAAGGCUUGGAGUCUGGGUAAAGUCUAGUUUUACUUAAUAAUCUAAUGAAAUUAUUUCACAAAAGUCGUUUUGGAUAUCUGGUCAAUUUCAUAUUUUAAACUUCAUGCAUUCCAAGAAAAUCACAUGUAUAAAAAUUGAAAACGUGAGUAUUUGUGUAUGUAAGGCGUUUGUAAAGUGACAUCAUCAAUGCAAUAAUUUUAUACCUAGUAUUUGUUGUUCAUUUUACUAAGAGAACAAUGAGUGCAUUGUGGUAAUGUCGGUUAAGAAAUUUCCAUCUACAUUACUUUUUCAUUCGAUGGUAAACAAAUAAUUUCAUAAUUUAAUCAAUCACAUAGUACUGUUCAGCUGAAGAUGAAUUAAACCGAUUUUCAUUGCUACUGUUUGUUCAGGGAAUAUUUUUCAUGCCGAAAUAUGUACUCUAGGAAUGUGCAAUUUGAUAAUAAUAUGUUCGUUUUGUUUCAUCCCUAGUCCCAGUUGUAGGUAUCUCUAGUCGCACUUAAGAUAAGAUGUCUGUUUCACUUGUCAUCCUAUAGUACCUUGUUGCUUUCAAGACUACGGAUAUAGGCCAUAUCUUUCAUUACUUGAUUACAAUCAGUACCUAAUUUUUGUGUUUCUUCUGUUUAUUUGUUCGUCAUUGGUGGUUUCUGUUCCCAUGCAGAUUGUUAGUCAGCAUGGUGAGAGUAAUAAAGCAAAGCCUAUAGAUGUUGCCGAGUUUGAUUUGGUGAUGCAGGUUUGGGAUUGCAUCCUUCUUUUUUGGUUUUUUCCGGAUACCAUUGAUAACUGAAUAACACUGGGAAUGUCCUGAAGACUUUGAAAUUUCUAUUUUGAACUUCAGACUACCAAAGUUGGGACUCACGAUUCGGAAUCUUGUCUUACGGAGAACUCUUGUCUUCCUCUAGGCGGAUACAGGUAAGAUUUUAUUUCUGGUUACAGUUUUAGAUUAAUUUGGCAGAUGAAUAUUUAUUGACUUUGCUACUUCAUAAUAUUUUUUUGACUAAAUGAACAUUGCAUAUUUUUCUGACAAACUAACCAGAAUUAUGUGCUGGGGUAUUAUUCAUGUUUACUCUCUGGGAGGGGCUUUCCAAACCUAUUUCGACUUGUUCUUAGCUUGCGGUUGCUUUGUAAUUUGUACAUUUCCACUGGUAGAAUUUUGUUCACUGGUGUGUCUUAAUGACCAUUUAAGUUUUGUUCACGAGUGGAAAAACUUCGAAUUUUCUUUGGAACAAAGAUGGUCAGGCUUUGUUUAAAUAUUAACAUCCUUUUUCAUGUUUCUGAUAACCGAGGGGCAGUGUCUGGUCUUCACUGCCGCCAGUUAAUACAUCCGCAGGACCAUCAAAGCCUCUCAUAUUUGUCAUGGCUUCUCAGGAUUCAGCAUCUUUUUUUCGUGACAAAAGUGUCGGUGCUGAUUUUCCAUUAUCUGUAAGUUUCUUCGAAAUUUAUCCUCUUCGUUUAUUUGGAACUGUUUUUUAGUUUUUUAUUAUUAUGGUCAGGGAAUGAUUUCACUGCUGGCUGCUGUUGAUGCUCUUUCACGUAUUGAUGGUUUAAGUAAGCUUAAGAAACAGGUAAUGGGUCUUCUUGUUUCCUUUUUUCCUCUAUACCCCCUUGGGGCUUUCUAUAUUUUGCUCAACAUGGUACUAAAACUUUUUGUGGUUUACAAAGUGGGCUCUAUCGGAUUAUGGGGUUGUAAGCCUUCAAAUGAUGAUAAUAAACUAAGUGAAGAAAAAAAAUGGAGAUUGCAUGCGGUAAAGAACGAAUGAUUUCCAAUUGGUUUUCACCCUAUCACGAAAAUUUCACUGCAUUUUUUUCAGCCUCAUUUUCUCAUUUUGUUUGGCACGUGAAUAGAUAAUCAUCUUUCAGACGUUCUAUGAGGUUCACAUUGUCCCUCGUCUUUGUGGAUUAAGCUCAUUAAGAACUUUAAACAGCAUGUAGUGAAAUGCUUCUUAUUAUUGUUUCUACAUUUGGUCUCAUUAUUAUUGUAGGUUCACAUCUUCUUAUUAUUGUAUCUUGUGUUUUCCUGAAGCUUGUAUUCCUUGUUUUCACUGGAGAAGCAUGGGGUUACCUUGGUAGCCGGAGAUUUCUUCUCGAACUGGAAAUGGGGGCAGAUGCUACGAAAGGGCUUAACAGUACUCUGAUUGAACAGGUAAUCUUACUGGUCACCACUUUUCACUUUUCCUAGAAUUGCAUCAUCAUACAAUAAUCUUUUUACUUAACAAAGAACCUGUUUAAACAAGUUGGAGUAGUAUAUUGACAGGACCGCCGCUUGAUCUGAUGAAGGAAGAUGUGGAGAAACGAGGAGUAAAUAAAUCAUAUUAACAUUCAUGUGAAUGGGUAAGAACAAUUGAUUUUACCCCGUUUAGGUAGAAAGUGGAGAUAGGGUUGACAGGCAGAAUAUGAAGCUGGUAGAAUGUACUCAUCUUCUCAAAUAUCAAAACUACUAAUUAUGGGAAACCUGUUUGGGCUCUCCACAAUCUUGAAAGAUUAAUCGAAAUCCAUGAUAUCCAGUACCCAAAAGAAAAGAAUGAAAACUCAACAACUAUCUUCCUUGAGUCAAACAUAUGUGCAGAACUUCAAUGGGAUAAUAAAUAUUAUAUGAAAAUGAUUGUGUUCUUUUUAAAAGAGGUGCAAUAUCGUGCUGAUAUUUGCGUGGAUACUUGCUGGAAAGGCGUAUGGACAUUAUUCCUAACUUCACGGGGUUGCUAUGAAGGAAGAAUUGGGCACAUCAAAUUUGCACAUGUUAAAUUCCAUGUCCCAUCUGAUCCAUCUGUUUAUCAUGGGUAAUUUUUUUUCGUUCUAAAUAUUUUAGCACUAUCUUUUGCUAGUAUCUGAAUACACCCCAACAAAUGAAAAAAACUUAGGGAACAAUCCACGAUUUUUUGUUAAUAGACAUAUCUGGGAUUAUAUUCUACAUCUGGUGAUGGUAUGGUAAAAAGGAUCCUCUUUCAUGUGAUGUUGCUGUUCUGUUCUGUUGAUGCUUACUUCCCACGGUCAAAUGAAGUUUUUUGUGAUCCAGGACAUCUUUCUUCUUCACGACUCAUUUCCAUAGGGAGUAGAAAAGCUCAGUAAAUUAUUUUCUGCUUGUAUUUGUCCUUAGGUCCUGGAGAUCGGGUCCGUUGGCAAAGGCACAAGUGAGGGGGUCACAACAUUAUUUGCACAUGCAGAAAGGGUAAGGAUGGUAACAUUAUUUGCACAUACACCUUGAAUUUCAACCUGUCUAGCAAACGGUCAUGUGCCUAAAUGAUUAUAACAGUUUUUCUUGACAUCCAUCAUGAUAAUCUCUCAGUAGCAUUAUCAGGCCCAUCAUUGUGGUUGUUUUCUUGUUAGUUUUACUGCAGUAUGACUUUCUAAUUUUUCUAGUUCAGCAUCUUUCUGUUAUUUGUAUCAUUGGCCUUCUAUCUUAUGUCUCUCUGCUUAUAUGUCAGUACCCUCUCCCCUUGUUGAGUUUUUGCUAACAAUCGCACACACAAUUUUAACUUUGGUUCAUUCUAGUCCUGUCACACGUGGAGAAAUUUGUGGUUUUUUCCCCGUAGUUCUUGUUUUCAGAUGUCCGUAGUGCGCCAGGCUAUCUGAUCUCUCGGAUCUUGAAUGCCUGGGGUGUGUUGGUAUUUAAAUUAAUGAACUUGCUGAUGAUGAUUGAUGGAAACGUUUCGAAUUAUGCUAGGACGAAAUGUUCAACUGCUGUUUCCUGAUUGAGAUUAUGAAUACUGUUUCUAGGUUACGUCUGGAUCAAAAGAAAUACUGACCGCGUUGCAACAAGCGAGUGCAUCACUUAGUUCAGAGAACAUUAAGGUCAACGCAUCAAGCACAUCAAAUCCCGGUGUACCUCCAUCUUCAUUAAUGUCAUUUCUUAGUAAGGUCAGUACCCGUGAGAAUUUUGGCUCAAGUAUGUUUUCAGUCUUUCUCUCAGAUAAUUUCGAUUUUUGUGACUCAUCAGUUGCCCAUCUGAAGAAAUUGCUAGAUUCAAAUGCAUUAUUGUAUAUGGUCUCUGCUCUACGAUUGCAUAAUCUACGUGGGCCAUGCAACGAAAUUCUAAAUCGCUUAUUUUAGGUAGGAGAGUGGAUUUUCGGUUUUGAGAAGGCAAAAAGAUUUAGAACUGCUUUCUCUUGUGUGUAAACUCAAUCAAGUUAUACUGGCAAUUUUCUUCCCCUUUAUAGAAAAAUCAUCUCUUCCAGUUAGCCUUUUGGAAACGGAAUAAAGAUGCCAUGAUCUGUUGGAAUUUCAAUAAGCUGCUGAAAUAAGGUGCAGUUUACCAGAAAAGAAAAAAAAAAUGAUUAAAAAAAGAUAAAUAAUUUGACAUUUUUGGAAUGGUGUUGAAAGUUGAAGCGGUACCAGCCAUUAUCUCUUCUAUAGUUGUCAGAGAUUUGGGCAUUGAAAAUAACCGGGCACUUGUCGAAUCCCGUUCUUUGGUGGUUUGAUAGAAGAGUGUGACUGCUUAAUCCGGCAAUACCUGUGAAAGUUUGUAUAACAUAGUCAGGGGUGGUGCGACUUAAAGCCAUGGAUCUUGAACCAUGAGAAUGACCGAAACCAUAGUCUGAGUGAACCAGGUUGUCAUGCGGGCACAAAUUCCGUGCAGCUUGUAUGUUAAAGACUGCUCUAUCUGGGGUCUGCCAGGAAUUAACUGCUCGAAGUCAUCUUUUCAUUGUAGUGAGAGGUUAUAGCUUCUAGCUCUGUGGGUAUGCACACAUUAGACUAGGGCAGAGAAGAAUGUCUUCAGGUUCCGGUUUGUAGUGAAAAUUGGGAGAUCUCUUUCGCCAUAUUUGACGAGGAAAUGGUAUGAACUCUGCCUCGUGUCUGAUCUUGGUAGGUUUUGGUCACAUCAGUUGUGUCCAGAUUUUUAAGGUCUCUUUUUAUCAGAUCUUUUAGAGUUUACGAGUAGAUUGCCAAUUGCUUCAGCUGGCUGGAUCUUUCAUCACUACGCGAGCUUGUGGUUAUUUCAAUAUCAUCAGGAUCUAUUGUGCCUCGCAGUAAAAAGUCAACUGGGCAGAAAACUUUGUGGAUGGGUUAAUUUCUAUUUCUGUCAUGAAAUUGUUUCGUUUUCUUGGCAUCAGUACAAAAUCUGACCAUAUAAAUGUGCCCGCGUUGGCUUGAUCUGUAAUUUUUCAUGUUCUUCCCUCGUUGCAGAAUUCUUUAACUCCCGGAGUCGUAUUGGAAGACUUUGACACCGCCUUUACCAACAGAUUCUAUCAUAGUCAUCUGGAUGAUCCACGUGAGAUCCAAGUUCCUCUCCGUUCAUCCCUGCAGUUCUCUUCCCCCCCCCCCACUGACAUCCAUACGCUUCUGAGCAUGCAGGGAACAUUAACGCCUCCUCGGUGGAAGCUGCCGCUGUGCUGGUCGCUCGUGCUGCUUACAUCCUUGCCCACGGCGAAAUGCAGCCGAGUCCCACGCUGCUGAACUCCAUCAAAGUCAACGCUUCUCUGGUGGAGGAGCUGGUGGGCUGUCUCCUAUCUUGUGACCCAGGCCUCUCCUGUGACCUAGUGAAGAAGUUAAUCUCCCCUGGCGCCGUGUGCCCUAAUCACUACGUGGGCGUCUUCCUCAACCAGCCGUCCGACACUCAAUCACUCGCCAAUGUGGACGAUACCUCCCGAUUCGUUUGGAACUUCCUGGCCGAUAAAACCUCCACCUCAAAGGGCAGUAACGGCAGGUCAACCUGCCCUGAAGGGAGAUGCUCUGCUGAAGAUGAAGUCUGUGUGGGAAUGGAAGCAGAUGGAGAGGGCAGAUGCGUGGUAUCUUCAACAAGGUCAGUUUCUUCUGGUUUUUCUCUGUUAGCUCCCGUUGACCGCCUUCUGGAUAUCGUGUCCGUUCUUCCAAGUUUUCUUUUAUUGGUAUUAUUUUUUUUCCUCUACUGGUUCCUCCAUCCACUCUCUUCAAACCUGUUGCUCCACUUCCACCGAUCAUUAUUUCUCCGAUUUCCAAUCCGGGUCAUUUUACAAGCAUUCUAUGAUGAAAUUUAUUCAACGCUGGGACUCAAAUCUACCGGUCAACUAAAUGCUUUAUAUGGUUUGAUGUGUGUUAUAUGCCUGUAAUGACAACGGUGGCAUCAUGGUUUCAGGUAUGUCCCUGCGUACUCUCCACGACUGAAGUUUGAACAUGGAUCGUGGAGGAUAACGGGCGGCCAUGCCGCUGACCCUAUGGGCCAAGUUGACCCAGUGUGGACAGAGAGCUACUGGAACACUAUCAGUGUGAGGAUCUACAAGGUCCAGAGCUCAGCUUUUGACAACCUUGUCCUCCUGGGAGGCAUCACUCUGACCCUUCUGGCUUACGUCACCGUGGUCUGCACUAAGGCAUUCCUCAUGAAGACUCUGAAGCACGACUGA